CUCGCUGUGUGUGUGAAAAAAAUACAGAAGCCGAAACUACACUCUCUGGACACAGUAAGAGCCAUAACACUAACUGGAGAUUUUUUCGAAACUUUAAGCUGUGCCCAACCAACUGGACCUUGAUAGUAUACAUGUAAUACUCCAAGCAAGAUGGCAACAAUAGCAUCAGAAGCACCACCUUCACAGGUUGAUACACCUGCAUCAAGCCAUGAAAGUCAACUCAUUACCGCACCCAAAACCAAGAAGAAAAGUCAGGAAACCCAACCUGGGAUAGUUUAUCUCAGCAGGAUACCAACGUUUAUGAAGCCUAGACGUAUCCAGCAGAUAUUUGGUCAACAUGGAGAGAUAGGAAGAACGUUUAUGCAGCCAGAAGAUAAAAAUAGUCGACAAGCUCGUAAGAAGAAAGGUGGAAGCAAGACGGUUUUAUUUUGUGAGGGAUGGGUGGAGUACAAGGAUAAGAAGAUUGCAAAGAGAGUUGCAUUGACACUCAAUAAUACUAGAGUCAGUGGAAAGAAGAGAAGUCGCUACUAUGAUGAUCUAUGGAGUCUGAAAUAUUUACAUCGAUUUCAGUGGGCACAUUUAGCUGGACAACUGGAAUAUGAACGACAGGUCCAGAAACAAAGAGUACGUGCUGAAGUUGUGCAGGUUAAAAAGGAAACAAAUUUAUACUUGAAAAAUGUUGAGAAAAGCACUUGGUUAGACAGAAUGGAAAAGAAGAAAAAGAAACAAGGACAAGAAUGGACUCAUAGAUUACAUGAGUACAAGCAGCGGACUAGUCGUGAUCGUCAAUCUACCUUACAUGUACAACGAUCAGGCAAAGUCUCUUCAAGUCUUCUGGGCAAGAUAUUCGCCAGCAAAGAAUAAGAACAUUUCCAAGGUUUUUAGCAUUUAUGUAAUACUCUAUCUUAAUGUGUGUAUGUGUGAUGUAACAGGCAACGCUACAAACCACACCUUUGCUAAUGCAAUCGCGAAGCAAACUUCAAACUAUACACAAUUCACAUUGUGCUGCAGAGUCAAAAUUUUUGGAACAUGUUGCGUUUUAAUUAUUACGUAAAAAUAGAGAGGAUAUGUAUAUGUUUAAAUCACUUCAAAAAAAAUUCUUGAACAAGAACAAGAUUUAAGAUGUCACAUUCAAUCACCAUACUUUAAGCUGCACAAUGGAAUGUCAGAUUGUGGUAACAAAAACCUCUCUUGGCAAAUCCGCCCAUGGCACACAAUGGACAUUUUUCAAUUGUCUUCAUUUCUUUGACUUUGAAGUUUUUCUUGUCACUACAUGUUUUAACGGCAUUGGCAAUAUUGUUAAGUACUCAACCAAAAUUGUUGCCAUAAAAACUUACUUGGUAACGAGCAAUG